AAAUAAUUUACUUAUGGAAAUGUCAAGCACUAGUAUUAACUCACAGCUCGAUAAUGUGAGUUCUAGUCGUUCUCAAAGAGAGCAUGCAGGGUAUCAGAUCCUAACAAGUAGAAGAUCUCAGAGAGCAACAAAGAGGAUAAUUGAUGAUACUUACUCUAGUAUUGGUAGAUGUCAUCUUUGAGAUAUGGCUUACUCAUCUUAUCACCUCUACCAAUGUCCUCAGAAGAGGUGUAAGGAGAACUUCUGAUUCAAGUGCUUGAAUAAAUACCACUUCGGCCUCUCCAAGAAGCUGUUUGAAGUGAGUUGUCGCAAACCCAAUCAGCCAUGAAUUAUAUGCUCCGGUAAAUGUCUAUGUCGACAAUGAGAAACAAAAGCCAUCUCAGAUGACUUAGAGAAAAUGAAAAAUCUUGUCAAAAUUUCAUCAGCUCCAUCUCAAAAUAUUAGUGAUAGUAAAGCUGUGGUCUGUGGUAAUGCAGGCUGUCCCCCAAACAGAAAGAAUUUAAAUGUAGAAGAAAGUGAAGAAAUUACUGUCGACAGUCCAAUGGUACCUGAAGAUAACUCUAAACAAGUGUCGACAAAAUUUAAUGAAGUUGAGGGAUCCAAAAUAGUGCCUUACUCUAUGUUUGAUUUGGCAUGGGCCCAACAGCAGAUUAAGAAGAAGGAUAUUGAGAACCUUAUUAAAGCUCAAAUGAGCACGAGGUAUCAAGGCCAUGAAUAGAUCACAAUUUUUCCGGAAAGAAUAAUUUCUAACACAUUUUUUAAUUAAACUCAUAAUCAGUACCACCAAGCUAUCCAAUA